AUGAUCCUGCGGAAGCUGUUCGCUGCCGGCCACGCUGCUUCUGAAGGGACAGCAGAAACAAGAACAGCUUCGGAAGACCUGCAGCCCUCUCGGGAGGACCUGAAGGGGCACCGCAGGACCCAGCGCUCCCCACCGUGGCGGAGGGGCGGGGGUCACGCCGGGUGCCAGCUUCACGGGAACCGAGACCAGGCAGAACCGGCGGCCCCAAGAACUCCAGGCAGCGCCGGCCGGGCCCGGAGGCACUGCCGAGGCCGCGCUUACCCUCUCAGCUGCGCUGUCCGCUCGUACCACAACCCCGCGGAGGCAGCCGGCAACGCGGGCCCGGCACUGGAACGGCUCCGGCGUAUCCCGACAGCCACGGGGCCGCAGCCACCGCCCCCAGCCCGCCGCUGCGCCGCACUCAGCUGCGCGCCGCGGGGGAGCUGCCUGACGGCCCCGGCCCGGCGCAGGCGCGAUCCCGCCGCUGCCGCCGCCCGCCUCCGGCUUUCCACGUCGCCGAGGCGUCCCGGCUGCGCAGCCUCUGCUGUGUCAGUGAUAGAGCCUGGUUGUGUCCUGGGAGCUGGGGCUAUGCUGGUGGCACUGGUGGUGCUGGGAGCCCAGCUAGCUCAUGGUGUGGACAUCUCAGGUGAGCUCAGCUCCAUGCACAAGAGCAACUGCUACUUCAAGCAGCAGGGGAGGCUCCUGGACAGGUACAUCGAAAUCCAGCAGCAGCUGCUGCACUUUGACAGAGAUCUGGGGCUCUUUGUGGCCGAUGUGCCCCUGGGGGAGCUUAUAGCCAAGAGGUGGAACAUGAAGCCAAGAUUGCUGGAGGACGUUCGGGCUGCAGUGGAGAUGUUCUGCUGGAACUAUCAGGUGGCAAAGUAUUUCAUUCUGGAGAGGAAGGUUCAGCCUGAGGUGGAAAUCUACCCUGUGCAGUAGAGCUCCCUGCCUGAGAGCAGUAGUCUAGUUUGUGCUGGGAUGGACUUCUACCCACCAGAGGUGGAGGUGAAGUGGUUCAAGAAUGGUCAGGAGGAGACAGACCAGGUGGUGUCCACUGAUGUGAUGCAGAAUGGAGACUGGACUUACCAGGUGCUGGUGAUGCUGGAAAGCACCCCAGAGCGUGGGGACACCUACGUGUGCCAGGUGGAGCACAUCAGCCUGCAGCACCCCAUCAGCCAGCACUGGGAGCUGCAGGGGGGUGCAGGACGCAGCAAGAUGCUGACAGGGGUGGGAGGCUGUGUGCUGGGCUUGGUCUUCCUGGCGCUGGGGCUCUUCAUCUACGUGCGCAAGAAGGGUGCCCUGUUCCCCCGGCUGCAGGUAACCUCCAUCUACCCCACCCUGCUCCACCCCCACUGCCUGCAUGGACUGGUGCCCGCCUGCUCCCAGUUCCAGUGUGUCCCUGUGGAGCGUGGCCCCUGA